UGUACCGUUGCGGCUCUCGUCGUUGGAUCAGCAUGUGGUCGAAAAGAACAGAGGGGAGUGGAGGAAACGAAAACCAAGUUACCGCACCAAUUGCAUCUUCCUUUUUCUUUCACUCCAGUAGUGAGGGAGACCACCUUCUUUUCGGCUAUUUUUAAAUACGCCGCGAGAAUUGUCGUUCAUCCCGUUGUUUUAUAUUUAAAGCUCGAGACAACGACGUAUGUGUGUCCGUCACGGCCGGUCGACCGUCGCAGGACAUUCGUCGCGUUUCAAAUGGAAAACAGAUAAACAGCGCGAUAUUCCAUCCGGCUUUCUGUUAUCUGCGGAGGCGGCACAGAGACAAAAAAAAUACACAGCAUGUCGACAGCGUCCGCCGCAGAUCCCGCAGACACACUCGAGCACGGCGUCGAUACGGUGACGGUGACGGCCCGGUGGUGUAAAUAAUCCAAGUAGAAGACCAAGUUCUCAUCUUGAAAUAAUGUCGCAGACGCUGUAUAAAGUACGCUGUAUAAAAGACGCGACGUGGAACGACGAGAAGUUAAUAAUUUACUCGCUAUUGUCAAAGGUUGGAUUUCAUCAGCUGGUGAAGUGGCUCUUCUCGUUGAAGCAGAGACAAGUGACGAUGCUGCAGUUGACCGCGUUGUUAACAAUAAUCUGCGUUACAUUGUUGAUACUGGCGCAGAACUCUGCGGAGAGCUCGUACACGGAGACAAACAUAGAGACGACCGCGCGAGGAGAACAGAUAUCGUCAAGGUAUGCGUGGUCCGUAACGCGCACCGCGUCUGAAAUAAUACCGCGAGUAAUAAUGUCGCGGGAGCAAAUGGAGGACGCUCGAAGAGAGUUAAACGCUAGGAAGCGACGGCUGUCGAGCGUAUGUGAGACCAUCAGCUCGAGGAAAUCCUACUUGGACGUCGCGUUGACAAACAUGAUCGUCGACACGGAACACAAUGUGUCGUGGUGCCCCGUGUACAAGGCGGCGAGUUCCACGUGGAUGAGUUACUUCGCCGUACUGAAGGGUAUCCUGACCGACAGUAUGAUGGAUCUGCUGCAGCACAAUCUCGGUCAACUCGGUGAAAUCGUGAGACAAAAGUUCAUGCACGGCGAAGACCUCAAUACGAUGCACGAGAAAAUAAUGAAAACAAAGAAGUUCCUGAUCGUACGACAUCCACUGGAGCGGCUCCUGUCCGCCUACAGGGACAAGUUGGAGCACAUGCAAGGCCGCGAAUAUUACUACAAACGCUUCGGCCGGCGUAUCGCGUUCAAGUAUCGCCUACCCGGCAACGAGACGAGAUUAGAACCGACAUUCGAGGAAUUUCUUCGAUUUAUAGUGAAGGAGAAGUUCUUUGAUGAACACUGGGCGCCAUAUUACAGGACCUGCGAGCCUUGUUCCGUGCACUAUGACUAUAUAUUGAAAUUCGAGACUCUCGAUCGAGAUGAGAAUUUUUUCAUACAAGACGCCAAUCUCAGUGGAUAUUUAUAUGAGAAGAAUUAUGCGCAAAACAUCAAUCCUCACGGGAAGACCACUAGAGAAAUCCUCAGCGAGUACAUCAAGAAGAUACCGCGAUCACUUCUUGACGAGAUUUAUAAGAUCUAUGAGAACGAUUACAAGUUAUUCGACUAUUCUGUCGUCUGACGACUGUUUCAGUUAUAUUGUACAUAGGCAGCUCAAAAUUUUUAUACGCAGUGUUAUUGAAAGGCAAAUGAAUGUAGUAUGUACAUGAAACAAUGAAGAAAAAGCUUUCCUCGAAUGUUACAUAAAAUAAAUAUAUCCUUAGACAUUUAAAGAU